ACUGUCAAUUGCUCAGUUCAGUUUGCACUCUUGUGCCACCGGAGCCAGUCGAAUCAUCGGUGAAGAUAUGACCACUUGAACUUUCAUCUUGAUAUGGAGUCUGCGUGAGUGAAUUGCCGUCCGUUACAAGUGUUUAUGAAUUUCAGUUUGUAGUGAAAGAGAUCGUCGUAUGUCGAAUGAACCUUGAAGAAGUGACCAAAGUUUAGUUUACCUUUUAUACAUAACAGUAAACCUCGUGAGGUAGACAAGAUGAGACCGUUAUUGGGUUGUCUCCUUUUUUUCGUAUCGCUCGGCGACGCCUAUCGAAUUUUGGGCAUAUUUCCAUUCAACGGAAUGAGCCAUUUUGUCAUGUUUGAACGGGUGAUGAAAGGGCUCGCAGAACGUGGUCACCAAGUGGAUGUAGUGAGCCAUUUCCCGCUGAAGAAACCUUUUCCUAAUUACACCGAUGUCGUAAGCCUUGCGGGCACACGGUCCAACUUGGUGAACAACAUGGAUGUGAAAAUCGGCAAAAAAGACGGAAAAAUGCCUUCAGGGGCUGUUUUCUUUGCUUCUGUAUUUGGGAUUGAAUUGUGCAAAUUAAUGGAUCAUCCAGAAUUGAACAAACUUAUCAAGAAUCCACCGACGAAUCCCGCAUACGACUUGCUGAUCACUGAAAUAUUCGGUGCCAACUGUUACUUGGCAAUUGGUCAACACCUCAAGGUUCCCGUAGUGGGCAUAGUCACAGCCGCUAUGCUACCAUGGGCAAACGAUAUAGUCGCCAAUCCUGACAAUACAGCCUACAUACCCAACUCAUUUUUGGAUUUCCAUGAGAAGAUGAACUUUUGGCAGCGAACCCAGAACACGCUGUUUAAUAUUUUUACCAAAUGGGAAUUCAAUCGAGUUAGUGAAGGGCAAAAUGAGGCUAUAAAAAAGUACAUCGGUCCACAUGCACCGACUGUCAGAGAAGCUGAGAGGAACGUCUCGUUGAUUUUGGUGAAUUCCCACUACAGCGUCAACGGCGUAAGACCAUUCACUACGGCUGUUGUCGAAGUUGGCGGAAUUCACAUUGACGAAAAGGAAGCGACGUUUACGAACGAUCUACUCCGGAAGUUUUUAGAUGACAGCAGCGAUGGCUUCGUCUACGUAUCUUUUGGAUCCAUGAUAAAAAUAGAAUCCCUACCGAAGGAAAUUCUCGCUAACCUGUACGCAUCGUUUGCUAAGUUGGCACCCGUUAGAGUGCUAAUGAAAAUCGCAAAACCGGAAGAACUACCACCUGGCUUAUCAGCCAACGUUCUCACUCUCUCAUGGAUUCCCCAAUUGGCUGUUCUACAGCACAAAAAUGCGCGGGCAUUUGUGACACACGGUGGCUUGAUGGGAACGCAAGAGGCGAUUUACUACGGAAUCCCUAUGAUCGGCAUACCUCUUUUUGGGGACCAAAUUCAAAAUAUCGAUUCUUACGUGAAGAUGGGUAUAGCAGUGUACAUAAAUAACGAGGAAAUAACCGAAGAGAACUUGGACGCUGCCUUUAACGCGGUGCUUAAUGAUCCGUCUUACAUGAAUUCAGUAAAGAGAAUUUCGGCACAAUUUCGAGACCGGCCGAUGAGUCCCUUGGAUACAGCGAUUUUCUGGAUAGAACACGUGGUCAGGCACGGAGGGACGAACCUCAGGUCGGCAGCAAUGGAUUUAACCUGGUGGCAAAUUGAAUUGAUCGAUGUUUACGGGUUCAUACUUUCUUCAAUAACAUUAGCUCUGUAUUUAAUUGUGGUUAUAGUGAAAAAAAUGAAGAACUUAUUUUAUCUCGGUGAUGUAAAACGCAAGGUCACAUCGCAAGAUAAGAAAGUUAAAUGAAAUAUCCACUUUUACACAGCUUACAAUUAGUUUCUAUUUGCAUGGAUUUGGAUGUGAUCAAUUGUCUGCGAUAAACUUGAAUCGUGCUGUUUCGAAUUACGUAAUGUUCUGUCAAAUGCACUCCGGAAAAUUUCAUUUAAACAGGAAUCUCUCACAUAAUAUUUUGCUUCCCACGACCGCGAGCUAAUUUCAACUGGUUUCGUUGAAAUCCAUUAACUAACCGACGAAAUUUCUUUCGACCAAAUGAAUUUUCAAAUG